UGAUACCGGAAUUGGAAAAUGGAAAACAACGCGAGCAAGAAAAAAUAUCAGAAUAUUGCUUAAUAGCGAGAGGUCGAGGUGAGAAAGAGAUCGCUGACCCGAGCCAGUCCCAGAGCCAGCCACCGCCGAUUUUACGUUUCCCUUCCUGCCUCGAUCCUCAUGGAUCCUUCUCUCUGAUACCCGAUCAUCCUGCUAGCUUCAUAUCCCGUUUGUUUCUCCCUGAAUUCCAGCCAAACAAACAGCUGUUUUCGGCGGAAGAAAGGACAACGAAUCGAAGCUAAUCGGCCGGCCUCCUGUCAUAAUUGUUGGUUAGGAUGACGACUCCUUCGAGGAAGAGAUUGAUGAGGGACUUCAAGAGGCUGCAACAGGACCCUCCUGCUGGCAUUAGCGGUGCUCCCCAAGAUAAUAAUAUACUGCUCUGGAAUGCUGUCAUAUUUGGGCCUGAUGACACUCCAUGGGAUGGAGGCACGUUUAAGUUGACACUUCAGUUCACUGAAGAUUAUCCCAACAAGCCGCCAACAGUGCGUUUUGUCUCCAGAAUGUUCCAUCCAAAUAUCUAUGCAGAUGGGAGCAUUUGCUUGGACAUCCUACAAAAUCAAUGGAGUCCUAUUUAUGAUGUCGCUGCAAUACUCACUUCAAUCCAGUCUUUGCUUUGUGAUCCGAACCCAAACUCUCCAGCGAAUUCGGAAGCUGCAAGGAUGUUCAGUGAGAACAAGCGUGAAUACAAUCGAAGAGUGCGUGAGAUUGUUGAGCAGAGUUGGACUGCUGAUUAGGGUUUGCUCCAUGGCUUGUAACUCCAAAAUGGAUUAAGUGUCCAAGUUCAAAUUACAUUGAAAAACUGACAUAAGCUUGUGGUUGUUUCUGUUGCUCCUUGGAUGAUUUACUUGCUUGGUUUCCGAGAAUGAACAUUUGGCAUUCUCAUUGCAGUGUUUGUUGUAUCGAAUUAUCUGUGUUCUCAUUUUUUGUAUACAUGUAGAGUAAUGCCCUGUUCACUUCCCAUU